AUGGAAACCCUAGAAAUUCACUCGAAGGAUUUCUUGGUCAAAUGGGUCCAUGCUCCGGACAAUUGUUCAAUUGUCUGGGAGCUUAAACCUUUGAAAAAGUCUAUUAAUUUCGGCAUUUACAAAAAGAGUGAUUUCAGCACCUCCACGGAUCUGUUGGCAGGAGAACUGCUGGAUAGAAAUAAUGCUCCAGAGAGGCCUAUGGCCCCAUUUUCUGAUUCCUCAGACACAAUGGAUUCUAUUGCAAUGAACCGCAUGAGGUCGCAGUCGGUUGCUUCUGUCAACCAAAUUACAGAACUGAGCACUUAUAAAACAAAAUCAAGGUCGUCGACAUUUUCUUCUAAUUUGAACAGCUCGAACUUGGUGCCAAUUAAAAAAUACAACAAGCUCAUACCUGGCGAAUUGUUGAAAGGUACUUUCGAGAUAACGAAAGGUGGCAUGUUUGCAUUUAUUUUUGACAAUUCUUUCUCAAAAACCACCAGCAAAAAAGUUCUCUUUAGCUCUACAAUCGUGCCUAAUGCAGACUCUAGCUCUAUGUCAAAAGCCAGCUCGUUCAUCAAUAAUGGCACUCCUUUGCCAUCUCCAAGUUUCGGGCCACGUUCGAAAGACCUUUCGAACAAUAUAAUGACAACUAAAAAUGGCGAGGUCUUGCAAAGUGUUCUUUUAAAAAAAAGGAGAAAAAAGCUCCAGGGAUUUACGAAAAGACUAUUUGUUCUCAAUUUCAAGUACGGCACGUUGUCAUACUUCAAAAACAAUGACAAAAAUUUGAGAGGCCAAAUGCCAAUCAAAUCGUCGAUUGUCAGCGCAAAUUCUAAAACAAGGGAGUUUUUUAUUGACUCUGGAAUGGAAGUUUGGGACCUCAAGGCUCUAAACAAAGAUGAUUUUGAUGCCUGGGUAGAUGCAUUCAAUAUCGUCAAGAAAAAUGAAUCAACUCCUCAAGAAUCAGCAGCCAAAGGACAUAAUGACGACUAUAAGAGCAUUCUUGUGGAUACAGAGAGGAGGUUGGCGUCGUUGUUGUCUGGUGACUAUGAUAAGAGCGAGUUAGAGAAGCAUAUACUGGCAAUUUGCAGUCAAGUGCAAGAGUUUCUCGAAAGAAACAGUGGACUUGACCUUUCUCCUUCAGUUUCUACUGCUGAGUUUUUCGAUGCUAGAGAUGAAAUUGAUGAGUCUGUGGUAAUUAUGGAUUCUUUCCCAACUGAGAAGAAGUGGGAUGAUGAACUGGAAGAGCAUGAAUCAUCUGACUCUGAUUCAAAUUCAGAAGACGAGUUACCGGUCCCUUCUGCCUCCCUCCAUGAUGCAGCAUCUGAACAAAACCCCAGCACGACCGACGACGCAGACCUUUCGUUGUGUCCUUUACCUCUUGAGCCGGUGAAAAGAAUUGCAGAUGUUCCAGUAUUCGAACAUGAUCCUCCUAGCCUUCUCUCUUUUGUCCGCAAGAACGUUGGUAAAGAUAUGUCUUCCUUGUCGAUGCCCGUGGAUAUGAACGAACCUGUUUCGAUCUUGCAAAAGUACGCUGAAAUUUUGGAGUACUGUGACAUGAUAGAUAAUGCAUUGCAAGGCAAUUACCUGGAAGCCUCAGGGGAGAAGAUUCUUCGAAUUGCUGCCUUCGCAGUCACAUACCUCUCGAGUAUGAGGAAGAAAGUACGGAGUUUGAGGAAACCAUUUAACCCUUUGCUAGGAGAAACAUUCGAGCUUGUUAGAGAAGAUAAAGGUUUCCGCCUCGUUAGCGAAAAAGUAUCUCACAGACCUGCAGUUUUUGCCAUGAAUGCUGAGUCCCAAACGUGGACAUUGUCUUUUAGUCCAGCGCCGACUCAGAAGUUUUGGGGUAAAACCUCGGAGUUUUACACUAGUGGCACAGUGAGGUUGAGUAUAAAGUCGACCGGUGAAGUCUUCACCUGGAACCAUCCUACAUGUGUACUCAAAAACAUCAUCGCAGGAGAGAAGUAUACAGAGCCUUCAUCGUCCAUAAGCGUCAAAUCCAGUUCUGGUCAAAGAGCCGUUGUUGAGUUUGCGAAAGGAGGAAUGUUUACUGGCCGCUCAGAGGAUUUAACGAUCAAGGCUUAUGAUUCUCAAAAAAGGAGCCUUCCCUCAACUGUGGUUGGUACGUGGACGGAAUCGAUGACCUUAAAAUCAGGAACCAUCGAGAAAACAAUAUGGACAGCUGGUGCUAUGUUACCUAAUUGGGAGAAAAAGUUCGGUUUUACAGAGUUUGUGGGCACCUUAAACAAAAUUACCAAAAUAGAAGACGGGUUCUUACCUCCAUCAGAUUCUCGGUUGAGACCAGAUAUGCAAGCAUACGAAAAAUGUGACAUUCUGAGUGCUGAAAAACUCAAGCAUCAAUUGGAAGAAGGUCAAAGAGCACGUCGGAAGAAACUCGAACAGCUGGGAGGCUCGCAUGUUCCGUUAUACUUUGUCCAUGAAGGAGGAGAUCCUUCUAAGCCCGAAACUGGGGAAUGGGUGUACAAGAAAGGUCCUGAAAGCUACUGGAAUAGGAGGAAGGCACAAAAAUGGCCAGAAACGGCAAAAUUAUGGUGA